CAAACCCCCGGAAGAGGAAGAACAGCUGGGAUAGCCAAGGAGGAGAUGGGGACGAUGGUGAACGUGAUGGCACCAAGGCUGCAUCAGGAAGUGGGACUUCACAGGGUGUGCAGCGUGCCAAGAGGUACAUCCUGGAGAAGUUGUACAAGUUCUUCGAUCCAGUCCUGAAGGACUUCAAUUCAGCAUCCAAGAUCUACUUGGAAGUGACCGAAAAGGAGAUUGAGGACUUCAUGGUUACGCUGGGUGGGCGAGACAGAACCGUGGCUGGCUUCCACUUGGACUCUGAAGCAACCGACGAGGACAUACACGCACGUGUCCGGAAGUCCCUGGUUGAGAGAUGGAACAACCGCAAGAAGUGGAUUGGAAAUCUACAGCAGCAGGCCAAUGUGGAGGGCGAGUACUAA